GGGAAGCGUGCCCUGUUUUACUUAUUUAACUGGACAAUGGAAAUGUAUGCCUAGCUGGAAAUGCCUGGGGGAUUUUUACAUCAGACGAAAUGACAAUGAUUAAAAUCUGCUUUUUUCCUGCUCUAAAUGUAUUGAGCGACGUGACACUUGCUUGAUACUGAAUAGCACUUAACCGUUACCCCCUGCACACCAGAACGUUAAACCGUUAUAGGGGCUGGUCUAUUUAUAUGUUUUACCGGAAAAUACGAAAAACCUAGCAUUAAUUAAUGUAUCUGGUCAUAGACAUCAUUUUUGUAAAAGGGAGAGAGUAUCACUUUUUCGUUUUUAAAAUCUGACUGGGUGCGAGUAGAGCUAAUUGUAGCCUAAUCCUUGCCCCAGAGGCGUUUGAGCAGCCCAGAGCAAGAAUUCUUUUUUAGCGCUGCUCUGUUAUUUAGAGACAGGAUUAUUGGCUUUCUUCUCAUAACAGACUGGCAGUUUCAUUUAUUAAGAAAAAAGACACUCAAGAAGCUAAAAUACGAAGCAGGAUUUGACCGACUCAAUUUUUAAGUGUAUACAAAUAAGAACCGAAAAGGGAAAGGAGAGAUCUCUUCUAUGUAUAAGGAAGGAAGAAGCAUGUCACGACUGUCUUUGACCCGGUCCCCGGUAUCUCCUAUGUCCACACAAGGAAUCCCUCUACCGGCUCAACUGACAAAGUCGAAUGCUCCGGUUCACAUUGACGUCGGGGGACACAUGUAUACUAGUAGCCUGGCUACUCUCACCAAAUACCCAGACUCAAGAAUCAGCCGUCUGUUUAAUGGCACAGAGCCCAUCGUGCUGGACAGCUUGAAGCAGCACUACUUCAUCGACAGGGAUGGAGAAAUAUUCCGUUACAUUCUCAGCUUCCUCAGGACCUGCAAACUGCUUCUCCCAGAUGACUUCAAGGAGUUCCACCUGCUGUACGAGGAGGCUCGGUACUACCAGCUGUCCCCCAUGAUUAAGGAGCUGGAACGUUGGAAGCAGGAGAGGGAGCAGCGCAGGACGGCCCAGCCCUGUGACUGCCUGGUGGUGCGGGUGACGCCUGACCUAGGUGAGAGGAUCGCCCUUAGCGGGGAGAAGGUGCUCAUCGAGGAGAUCUUCCCCGAGACUGGAGACGUCAUGUGCAACUCGGUGAACGCCGGCUGGAACCAGGACCCCACGCACGUCAUCCGCUUCCCCCUCAACGGCUACUGCAGGCUCAACUCUGUCCAGGUUCUAGAGCGUCUGUUCCAGAAGGGUUUCAGCGUGGCAGCGUCCUGCGGCGGCGGGGUGGACUCCUCCCAGUUCAGCGAGUACGUGCUGUGCCGUGAGGACCGGCGGAGUAUGUCCAUGAACACCCCCAUCAGGAUAAAACAGGAGCCCCUGGACUAGAGAGACUUUAGGAGAGGAGAGGGACUAGCCAUGAGGGGCUCCUCACCCCCCUACUGGACAGAACAGAACAAACCCAAACCCUAAUAUCCCUCCACCUCACACCACAGAAACCAACCCAGCAAGAAACACCUAAGUAUUAGCAGAUGCCUGAUAACGUUGCCAGCUCUGAGGAACUCAGUGCUUUAAGGGGAAUGUAGUAUAAACACAAAAAAGCAAAGAAAGAAAACGAAAGGAUUUGAUUAUGUUUACUAAUAACACCCAAAGGAAUAUAGGACUAUGAUGAUGAACAGAAAGACUGAAACAGCAACUCCAUCUCUUGACCCAUUUAAGCACCGUGACCAAUCUCUUUUUCCUCCAGUUGUAAGGCUCUCUGACCCCUUGUGAAGAGGUGUCCUGACCUCAGUGAGGAGCACGGCCCCCUUGCCCUCAGUGCAGCGCAUGGCGGUGUGUCGUCCAGUCCCGUACGUGUCUGUGUGAGGCCCAUGUGUUGUGUGCGCCGUCCAGUGCAGCUGAGUGGGGACAAGACAGGUGCUAUUUAGGGAGGCCUGGCCUGACAAGGGACAGGGCUGACAGAGAGGAAGAGGAGGAAGUGACAGCCAUCCAGCCCACAUUGCUCUUAUAGCCAGCAACCAGGCCUCGCAGCCAAGGGAGGUCCAAUUGAUUGUCUUUCUUAUUUUCAUUGUUGUUUAUAAAGUACAACUUUUUUCUCUUUUUUUUUAGCUGUUUUAUCACAUCAUGGUGUAAACAAUUAUUAAUAGGAUUGUUUUAUGUUUUUUUCCCUCCUAUAUGAAGGAUGUAUGAGCGUUGUAUUCAGUCAGUAUGUUUGAAAGCUUCAGAGACUUAGAAAGAGAGACAGAGAGAGACAGAGAGAGAAAGAGAGACAGAGAGAGAGAGAAAUAGAGACAGAGAUAGACAGAGAGAGAGAGAUACACAGAGAGAGAGAGACAGAGAGAGAGAGAGACAGAGAGAGAGAGAGACAGAGAGAGAGAGAGACAUAGAGAGACAUAAAGAGAGAGACUUGGCAGUGGCUAUAGAAACACUAUUAUGUCUGGAGGCUACGUGGCUAAAGCAGCAGUCUGGCUGGUAAUGCAUUCAGAGCUGGAGAAGGUCUCAUUGUUUAAAUGGGGCUGCAAGGGAACCUGGCUAUUUCUACAUCUUUCAGAGGAAACAUUUGUAGCAUGCAUAAAGUGCAUUGGCGUUGUCGCAAUUAGCUGUCAAACAUAUCUUACAUCAAAUAAGAUUAACAAUGUGAGAGUACAUAUAUUUAUUAAAAAGUUAAAAGUCAACAUGUAAAAUGAUCUGCAAUGUGAAAUGAGAAAAUCUGAAUGAAAUUGUAUAUGAAGGCUCUGAAUGUGUUGCUGGUCGUGGAAUGCCAGAAUGUUCCUAACUUGACAAGGAACAUGUGAACUGAGGUAGAUCAGUGUAUCUCCAUGAUUGUGAUGAGAUGUACUCUAAAUGCUUGAUAACUUUGUUUGCACUUAUAACACAUCCUCUACAAAACAUCCUCCACCCCAAAUAAGUUCUUAGUAUACGUCCUGAUGACCAGCUCUAAAUCAACCCACACAUUAUCUCAUUGUGUUUAUAGUAAUUAGCACAUAUUAAUAUGUUGAGAGAGCCCAAUGUAAGUAAUAGCAAACUUCGGUGAUAAAGCUAAGUUGCCUAUUUGAUGAUUGUACAAAGUUAAAAAUUCAUGUUUUCAUAAUUGUUUAUUUGACACAGAAAUCACUAUGAUUAUUCAAAACAAUUUUAUAGGAACAAACACAGUACAAAUAGUCUAACAAUUGAAAGAAUACUUUACGUUCAAUCAUGUUUGUCUUGCUGACUGUCUGUCAUUUCAUUUCUAAGGGAGGAUUAUUUCAAUCACUCUUCACAUGUCUGCAGCAGCAUAACCUAAAAUGAACUGUAAGCUGAGCAUCAGAGCAUUGUUUACAGAGAAAAAGAGUGGGAGGCACUUGUUCUAUCCUGCUGUGAUUCCAUGGUUUGAUUCUCUACAUUUGUGGAUCAAAGAGAGAAACAAGAAAGAAAGAGUAAAGUUGUCAUACUUUAUAUCUGUGUUUCAUCCAUUCCAAAAUAAUAGAUCAAAAAGAGGCCCAUUCUGAUCUUGGUUCAGCACCAGCUUGUUGAUGAGUUUGUUUUGAAACCUUCUAUGGUGGGUGUUUCACUAAUCACAAUUACAAAAAUCUUAUUUCAAAUGGGAUGGUAGUCUAAUUUGUAAUGAACCAACUCUCCUCUUGGUCCUAGUGUCCAGUGUCUUCUCUGUGGAUGUCCACUGAUUAAACAAGCCCCAGGACUUCUUCAGUCUUCAGUUUUUAAAGAUGGUCAGGGUUAGUUAGUUUAGCUCCAAGAAGUCCAGAAGGCAGCACAGACCUCCUGGGGGGCCUCCCUCCCAAUCAGGCUCCUCUUUGUUCUGACCUGCUACUGUCCUGGGCCCUUGUAUCCAGUCGCCACAAAGGGAAUGGCCAACCAGGCCUUUCAUGUUGCUGAGGGAUGUGGGGCUUCAGAGCCCAGCGGGUCCCCCGGGCUCCCAUGCACUCCCAGCUCCUCAGCAAUGCCAGUAGAGACAAGGGUUGUGCCCCCCACUGCGUCAUCACAUUCCCAGACCCUUCUGUACAGAGCACCCUCCUAACGUUACCCCCAUGGCUCACUGGAACGCACCGCACCAGACCAAACAAACAUUCCCUACUUUAUGUCCUCUGGUAUCUCUAGAUUCAACUUUACAUCUGAAGGGAACCGGCUCAGUUCUCAAUGGUUCUGAAUAGUUACAGUAUGUGGCAGCAUUUAGCUCAACUUCAUCAGUUCACUUCCCUGUUGACACAAGAGUAAAGCAACUCAACAAUACCUCUUACAGGUGGCAGGUUCUGACAGAUACAUUACAUUACUGGGCCAUUUCCUCUAACAUAUUGUAUGUUUUCACACAUACCCUCUCAGAAAAAAAGAAGUGCUGUGCAGCACCAUUUGUCCCUGUAGGAGAACCCCCUGAAAGUUGGCUCCAGACAGAACCAUUUUGGGUUCCAAAUUGAACCUGUGUUCCAGGUGCUAUUAAAGCGUGCUAUUUUGAACCAGAUCUUAAAUGGUUCUAUCUGGAACCCUUUUUUCAGAGGGUUCCCCUACAGGGACACAUGGUGCCACAUAGCACUCUUUUUUUCUGAGAGUGUACCAUUUCCUUUUAGUAAUUUGUGGUCAGUAAGACCAUAAUUAACAAGGAGUCCUACCACUUCUCUGUGUGGUGUGUCCACACAGUCCAGAGACUAGAGGGCAGUUGUACAGUUGUUUGUAUAUUAAAUUGUUAUCAGCACACUGGCUUUUACUGAGCCCUCGACCGUCUUAUUAAAAAAGAGACCUAAAAGUCCUCUCAUUUACUACCAAACAAAAAUAAUGAAAAUAAUUUCCAAUUUGCAAGCAUUAUGUUGUGUACAUAUGGAUUAAACACAUUUCAAAAGGGUAUACUUAAGGUACAAAAUGUAUAUUAUUGAAAAUGUUUUAAUAAUUAGACUGUGGUAUUAAAGGGCAUGUGUUCACUUACAGUGUGUCCAUUUGAUUUUUCUUGCAUAUUUGCGAUAAUAAAAGGAUGUACUGUAUAUUUCUGCCUCA